GUGCAUCCCAAAGCGAGCUGAUUAUGCCUACUAUAUCGCCGGCCUCAUCAGCCGCAGAUCGUCGGACAAAUUUCCGUAAUUCUGCCGUGACUGGCAUUGAAAGGCGGAAUCAAAAACAGCGAUCUCAGCGUGCGACAUUGGCAUGCGAGCGAUGUCGGAUUAAAAAGCUACGAUGCACCGGCGGACAUCCGUGUAAUUCCUGCGAAAGAGCCGGAUCGGACUGUGACUUCGGUGAUCGGGUGAAUUCUGACCUGAGCAUCUCCAUCACAAAUCAACGUAUCGCGCAGCUGGAAAAAACGGUCGCAGAAUUGGUUGCCAACUCAAGGUCUCAGGGUCAUUCCCGACAGUCGUCUACUGCCGUACAACUCGAGUCACACCCUCCACCCGAUGAUUCUUCUUUUGGUCAGAGUCAGACGCUAUCUAACCCGCUGAAUGAGUCGCCGUCGCCUCAAUAUCAUGGCCACGAACCUGAGAAAGGCGGGCCCGUGCUGCCCAUGGAUACGCCGCAAUCUUUCGCUCGUACUGCUGCAGCCUUUUCCGAUUCGUACACUGCACCAUCUGAAGCCACGCCACUUUCCCAGAGUCAGUGGCAUGCGGCACCACCAUCUGAACGGACACAUGGCCCGGCAUCCACUCUAGUAGGGCCAGAAGGACUUCAAUCUCGGUGGGCGACGGUACAGCACAACGCAGCCCCGUUUCCCCCCUUGAUGGCAUAUCCUUCUACAUGGUCAAGAGAACCAGCGAAGCCUGAUGGAGAUACUCUCGGCCAGUCGUCUCCAGGCAUGACCCAUUUCACGGCACAAGUCAACGUGCGGAGUGAGCCGAUUGGGAACGGCAUUAUCAGUGAACAGCUGGCGAGAUCACUCUUUCAUUUUUUCUGUCAAAAAUGCCACCCCUUAUUCCCAGUUCUUGGCUUGUCUGAAAACAUCGACGGCGAUUUCGACCGCAUCCGAUCGACAGCGUCAUUCCUCUUCACUGUAAUUUUGACCAUCGCCAGUUGCUACUAUAACAAUUAUCAAAAGACCAACCUCGAAACAGCAAUGGUGCCCAUCGCCCAAGACAUCAUUGACGCUCUGGCCGACCUUUCCUGCGCACAUCUUGGAUUCGUGAUAUUUCGGAAACAACACCAAUUAUCCGAUGUCCAGGCUACGUUACUCCUAUCGGUAUGGAUACCGCGUGGUCACGGUCAGUCCGCAGACCAGUGGAUGGUGACUGGUAUAUGCACUCGCUUAGCAUACCGUAUUGGAGUCCCCGAUUCAUAUAGCCGACCAGCUAUUUCGACGUUCAAGAACGCUAGUCACUUCACUUCAAAUGACAUUCGCGAAGUGAAUGAAAUAUUAAGCCAAUGGCACACUUGGCUCAUGAUAAACCACUACGAUACAUCACUGAGUCUUGGAUUCGGUCGUCCGCAUGUUUCAGUCUAUAAGAACGACGCUCGGGAAUACCUCAAAUUAGUUCGCAAGCUGGGUCGCUCAUGCGUCAUUGAUUCUCGGGUCGCUAGCUAUGUAGCCAGUAUGACCGAACUCUCGGAGGUGUCAGCUGAGUUGAUCUCCGGUCUACACAUGGCGCAAUUACCGACCGCUCCAAGUCGAGAACCAGCUCCGCCGUCGAAUACCGUGUGGUCGAGAGUUUCUGCCCUUUUGUCAGAUCUGAACCCACGGUUGGAUGAAUGGCAACGCCAAUGGACUUGGAAUGGUUCCUACGGUACUAUCUCUUUAGGCAACUAUCUCGUGUUAUGCAAGAUCUAUGGCGAACAUACACGUCUAUGCCUGAACUCACUUUCGCUGAAUCUCCUCGCCAGCCACGAAAUAGAUGGGACUCGGGAGCUCCAAGUGACUCUAUCUUCUCUUACACGGGCUUGCGAGUCCGCUAUAACCCUUGUGCAGUACUUUGUUGAAUCAGGUAGAAUGGAAUCCCCCAUUCGAUAUGGUCCACAUUACCUCCUACUUAUCCUUUCACAAAGUGCGGUAUUCUUAAUACGGAUACUCGUGGCACGAAUGGAGCAGCCUCUUCCAAUGGAUCGUCUAGUGCUGGAACACUAUCUCCAAUCGGCCAUUGGACUCCUAGAUCAAAAUAACUUUUCCACAACGGGGAUAUGUAGCACGCUGGCUGAGACUAUUCGAGCAUUGGCGCGCCAUGCAGGGGCUCCUCUGAAUACUGAAAGCGAUCCUGGAGAGGCUAACCCGGCUCGUAUGGACCCUAGCUUCUCGGAGCUCGAAUGGGACUUUGGUAUACCCUUUGCAGUUGGCCCAAAUGGUAGUGACGCAGACUUUGGUCUCAACCUCGGCAAUUACUUCGAUUUCGCACAGCUACAAUAUCCUGCAUCGCCAGGUCCAAGGCAGUUUUGAUGAUCUGAUAUCGGGGUCAAAUUCGGACGUUUUAGCUUAGU